AUGGCGGCCGCCCGGGACAUCUCUCGCCAAGCAAGGGCCUUGGGUCGAGCGUCGUGGCACCUGCGCGUGGCGCCGGCAUGUGCCAGGAGGUUCGCGUCCACCGGCGUCGGCCAAGCUCGUGCCGUGCCGCACGCCGACCUGACGGAGCUCGAAUCCACCACCGCCUUCACCGCUCCCGCGCCGGACCAGAAGACGACCGAGGCCUUCAUGGCGGCGCGGGACGCCGACGCGAACGGGCGUCGGCUCCCCGGAAACCGAUACCAGUAUCACCCGCCAAAGUACUAUCGCGGACCCCUUCAUCCCGUUCAGAUGCCUCCGUCCUCGGAUCCCACGGCGCGAGACUUUGUGCCGGGCCCGUUCAACUUUCCUCGGCUGAAGCACACGUACGACGGCACGAUUGCCCCCGACCUGAUGACCCUCACCUACACGCACGUGCCGCCCGGCUCGCGGCCGGCGGAGUCGCAGAAGGGCAACCUCAGGGAGUGGGACGGCUCCUCGCCGUAUCACAAGAACCGCCCGCGCCGAGGACCCCGCGGCGGCGGCUCCUCGCGGCUCGGCAUCCUCGAGCGUGACAUCAAGUGGAACAACAUCCCCGAGAUCGAAGCCGUCACCGUCAACUCGUACGCCCCGCUCGCCGCCGACAACAAGGAGUAUCUCCACGUCGCCCGCGCCGCCGUGCAGGCCAUCACCGGUGCCUACCCCGAAGUGACGACGGUGAAGCACAACGUCCUCCAGUGGGGCGUUCGGAAGGGGGCCAAGACGGGCGCCAAGGUGACGCUUCGCGGCGGUGCCGCCUACGAGUUUGUCGACAAGCUCGUCACCCUCGUUCUCCCCAAGAUCAAGGACUGGACCGGCAUCAAGGCGACGACGGGCGACGAUUCGGGCAACCUCGCCUUUGGCAUGAAGCCCGAGUGGAUGGCCUUUUUCCCCGAGAUCGAAUUCAACUACGACAUGUACCCGCCCAAGCUGAUGCCCGGCUGCCACAUUUUCAUCCACACCUCCGGCACGUCGGACAGGCAAGGACGCCUGCUGAUGGAGGCGCUGGGGUUCCCAUUUCACGGCAAGAUUACGCAUUAG